AUGCCUGUCCUGGCAUUUCCUGUUACCAGGAGUCAGACCUCUGGGGACUCAUCUGAGGUGGCCGCCCAGAGCGGCCCCUCAGGGGAUUUGGAAGAUCAAAAUGAGGAGGGGGAAGAGGGGGAGGAGGAGGAGAAUGAGCCGUCACCAGAGGACCCCCCACCAGGACAGACUUAUCACAAAUUAAAUUUCCUCCUUGUUGAAAAGCUGAAAUCUGCCUGUGCUCAGUAUGGUCCUACAGCUCCUUUUAUAUUAGCCUUGGUGGAAAACCAGAGCGAACAUUGGUUGACCCCUAAUGACUGGUAUUUUCUUGCCUGUGUGGCUCUUUCUGGGGGUGACUUUGUCCUCUGGAAAACAGAAUUUACAGAAAAUUGUCAAGAAGUUGCUCAAAAAAAUAUUGAACAGCCGUCCUCAAAAACUUGGACACUAAAGAAACUCCUCGGCAACCCCCCUUACGAUACAAAUGCAGCACAGGCAAAAUUCCCUCCUGGCCUCCUGGCCCAGAUUCAAAAUGAGGGGGUCCGGGCCUGGAAACGCCUGCCCCAAAAGAGUUCGGCUACCACCUCAUUGGCAAAAAUUCAUCAGGGCCCUGAUGAACCUUUUAGUGAAUUUGUCUCUUGCUUAAAUGAUGCAUCUGAGAGACUUUUUGGGCCGAACGAACAUGAAAGCACCUUUGUUAAACACUUGGCCUUUGAAAAUGCAAACCCUGCCUGCCAGGAAGUCUUCUGCCCUCAUAAAAACAGAGCGGACCUGUCUGAAUAUUCAGGAGCAGAAGGAGAAACAUGUGUGGAAUUUAAAGCCAUGUUGAUUGCUGUGGGAAUCCAUUUGCUCCUGCUGAUGUUUGAAGUUCUGGUCUGUGACAGGAUUGAGAGAGGAAGCCAUUUCUGGCUUCUGGUCUUCAUGCCAUUGUUCUUUGUUUCCCCAGUAUCUGUUGCAGCAUGUGUCUGGGGCUUUCGGCAUGACAGGUCACUAGAGCUAGAAAUCCUGUGUUCGGUCAACAUUCUCCAGUUUAUAUUCAUUGCCUUAAGACUGGACAAGAUCAUCCACUGGCCCUGGCUUGUUGUGUGUGUUCCUCUGUGGAUCCUCAUGUCCUUCUUGUGCCUGGUGGUCCUCUAUUACAUCGUUUGGUCUGUUCUAUUCCUGCGCUCUAUGGAUGUGAUUGCAGAACAACGCAGGACACAUAUAACCAUGGCACUGAGCUGGAUGACCAUUGUCGUGCCUCUUCUUACUUUUGAGAUCCUGCUGGUUCACAAACUGGAUGGACACAAUGCUUUCUCCUGUAUUCCAAUAUUUGUUCCCCUGUGGCUCUCAUUGAUCACACUGAUGGCAACAACAUUUGGACAGAAAGGAGGAAACCACUGGUGGUUUGGUAUUCGCAAAGAUUUCUGCCAGUUUCUGCUUGAAAUAUUCCCAUUUUUGAGAGAGUAUGGAAACAUUUCAUAUGAUCUCCACCAUGAAGAUAAUGAGGAAACAGAAGAAACUCCCAUUCCAGAACCUCCUAAAAUUGCACCUAUGUUUCGCAAGAAGGCCAGGGUAGUCAUCACCCAGAGCCCUGGCAAGUAUGUCCUCCCUCCACCCAAAUUGAAUAUUGAAAUGCCAGACUAAAGCGCACCUCUGGGGCUGGAGUAUGAAUGCACUGGAACGCACACUCCUACUUCCCUUGCCCCUGACCCAGGCCUGGAACUGUGGACCUCCAUCUGAAGCCUCAUUUUCAUCGAGUGCCAACCAGCCACUCAUAACAGAACAUAGGUGGCAGGAACUAAGGUGUCUAUCAAUAUGGAUGCCAGUGACACAUCAGAGAAUCCACUUCUUUCUGUAUGGGUACCUGAAGUGUAUUCUCAUUUCUGUGGUACCCACCUAAGGAUGACUGCUGCCUAGACCUGCAGAAGGCACAUCUGUGGUCUUGGCAAAUUUUCUAGUGCUAAAUUCCAUCAAAGUAUUGAAAGAUGUGGUUCUUAUGGGACCACUUCCAUUUGUGGCUCAACUGUGCUGCUAUAGGUAGCCAGUAGGGACUGUAACUAAGUCUUUAUACACCUGUUGUGUUCAGAUACAGUCCAGCCUUGCUUUCCCUGUACCUGCUGUACAGAAAUUUCGCUUUAGGCAGGAUGACAGCAGGUUUGCAGGGCUUCACCAGUGAGCCCUUCCCAAUGGCAUGAUUCCAUGCCUGUAUAGUAUUUAUACAGCUAUUUUAGCAUUGUAAUAUACAGUGUCAAAUCCUACUUCUGUACAGCAUAUUCUCUGUUAAAGUAUUUUUUUACAAGCUUGUGCUGGAGAUAGAUGGGUUAAGCCACGGUAGAAGCAGAUGGCUCAAAUGCUUUGGCCUAGACAGAUGCCCCACCUUCACUUACUAUGACCACCAACACCCUGGAGUUCCUUCUCUUGUGUAGUAGCUGCUCCUGCUAGCACAGCUUCCACAAGUGAGUAAAGGUCUGUGCUUUUUCAAUAUGGAGGUGGGAAAAUAAGCUUAAAAUCCCAAGAAGUGACCCCUUGAGACCAGGGCACAGGAGAAGGUUGCCAAGGCAAGUCAGAAUAGCCAGGGACUUCUGUCUGAGUCCAGAGAGGUCUGCCCACCUCCAAGAAAAAUUAGACAUAUUGGUACUUAGAUGUCAUCACCUGUCAGCAGUUUCUCCAGGUUCUGUUGGUAUAGCCAGCCCAAAACCCAUCAUACAGGAACAAUAACCUUUAGUCUAAAUCAAAUGAUUCACAAUGGAAGUAAAGGGAGCAUUGAUCUUCCUGAUCAGGAGGUGCAAUGGAUUUUCAUGGUCACCUGAUCAGUGGCUUCAGUCACAUGUAAUUGAAUUCUAAUAUGACCCUGAUCCUACCCCUGGCACAGGCCUCUAGCAAGCCUGUUCUGUUUCAGGAGAAAGGGGGAACAGAGUGUAGCAUUUUUUGCCUGGUUUGUUAAAAAUGUGGUUAAAUCCACUAUUUUUGCUCCUGUAGUUGCUCAAUAAAGUUGUUCAUUUUACACGUG